AUGAAUAAGAGUGAUAACGAGUUAAGUAGGAAGACAGCUGACGCUGGAAACUUCUCGGGACAAGAUGAAGUGGAAAAGUUCGAUGAAUGCCCAGUGUGUUAUCAAGAGUUUACAUAUCGUACGAGAUUGCCUGAUUGUGGACAUGAAUUUUGUUUUUUAUGUAUCAAAGGCGUUGCUUUAAGAAAUGGUUCGUGCCCUUUAUGUCGUAAGUCUAUUCCACGCUCGUUAUUUCUUGAUCCAGUGCUUCGAAGGAGUACCGAUCAAGUUUGUGAGUUUGUUUCUGUUAUAGCAUACUUCACAUAUCAAGCACUCAAUAUAUCCUAUGGUAGCUCAGUUUUGUUUUUUUUCUCUCAAACUUUUACUCAAAAUAAUAAAAUAUUUAACAAGGCUCGGUAUGAAGGAUGGUGGCGUUAUGAGCCUCGCCACGAAAGUGAAAUUGAAAAAGCUUAUCAGAGUGGCUUGCAUAGCAUUGAUCUGCUUAUUGCUGGUAGCUUAUAUUCCAUCAAUUUCGAUAGUAUGUGUCAGUAUAAAAAAAAUCUUGACAGGUUUAGUCGUGAAAUAAAGCGUAUAGAAAAGGGAGAGACUCCCCUGGAUGGUGUGGUGCAUGGGAUAGCUGGAUUGCGAACGCCUACCGAACAGGACCCAAGUGGUUCGUGA